CCCCCUCACUCAAAUCCCAGCCCCAAAAUAACUUGACCUGUCACCACAUCACCAAUGGCCGAGGCCGUAGACUCGGAGAAAUCUCAGGGCGUCAUUCCCGAGCCGCGAUUGCCAUUGCAUGCUUUCCCUCCGCCCAUGGUCAUACCGCCGCUGAAGCAGCCGCACCAGCAGACCAUCAUCCUCCUACACGGCCGAGGUUCCAGUGCCAAACUAUUCGCACCGGGACUUCUGUCUGUUCCCCUAGGCGACUCAACCGCAUCACCGGACCUCAGUACGUGUACGUUUCGAGAUCUCCUACCGCACACGCGCUUCGUAUUCCCGACCGCGCCACGGUCGCGGGCAACCAUUUACAGACGGUCCAUUAUCAACCAAUGGUAUGACGGGAGCGGUGACUGGGAGGAGACACUACUGGGCCACGCAAAGGAGAUGAUUCUGUUCAUACAUUCUCUACUAGAAGACGAAGCUAUUCGGGUGGGUGGGACGGACAAGGUAGUGCUCGGCGGCUUCAGUCAAGGCUGCGCUGCGGCGCUUAUUUGCCUGUUGAUGUGGCGGGGGGCGCCACUCGGCGGCAUACUGGGUAUGUGUGGGAUGUUACCCAUGGCUGGCGUGAUGGCCGAGGCCAUGGGUCAAAGACAUCAUCGGUUGGAUGGACAGGAUGAUGAGGCGCCGGAAUGCUCUGAUAAUGAUCCCUUUGAGCACUCUGAUGGCGUUUCGACUACUAGCUGGGAGGGUAAUCGGCCUGAAUACGAUCCGGUGGAGCGAGCAUUGCGUAUGCUAAGAGACGAAAUUGGUAUCACGGUACUGGAGCUGGCGACGGGUCCAUCAUUUCAAGAGACACCCGUGUUUCUUGGGCAUGGGACCGUGGAUGAUAACGUUCCAGUACGUUACGGCCAGGAGGCGUCGAGAGUCUUGCGAACGAUGGGUUGUGAUGUUAAGAUCAAAGUUUACGAUGGACUAGACCAUUGCUAUUCCAAGGAUAUGUUGAAGGACAUGAUAAAAUUUAUUGGCGACAGAGUGCCGGAUUCAUGACGAGCUUGGGGCCGCGGGACUACGGGUCUAGGUUUGAUGGGUUUACAUUGAUGCGGACCGGGAUGGGAGCGAUUCCAAUCAUCUGUCUGAAUCUGCACAUCCAGAGAUGGACAACACUUGGAUGAUGACCUGAGGAAUGAGGAGUGUAUGGCAGCUAUGAUUCUGGAUGUGAUGUCCCACGGAAAGAGCUUCCAUCAAUGUGUUGAUUGCUAAGCGACUGGCCUACGUAUUCGGC